UUGGGAUGUCAAAAAGACAUUUGUUAUCACGAGCAAUACAGUUAGUUGGCCGCAGCUCGCGAAAUAUCUGUCUAACUUCAAUUAAAAUCAUGGAACCCAAAGUUAAUUUAAAACAAGACCCAGCUUUCGUAGAAAUACAGAAAUUCUACGACGCUAAUGCCGACAAAAUCAACAUACAACAACUGUUUAAGGAAGAUGCCGAUCGCUUCAACAAAUUCAGUCUCCGCAUCCCCACUCCAAAUGACGGAGACAUCUUGCUGGACUACUCGAAGAACCGCAUCAAUGAGCAGGUGUGGAGUCUACUGCUGAACCUGGCCAAGAGCAGGAAUGUGGAGAAGGCCCGAGAUGCUAUGUUUUCAGGUGAGAAAAUAAACUUCACGGAGGACCGAGCAGUGCUGCACAUCGCUCUACGCAACCGGCAGAACCGGCCCAUUCUGGUGGGCGGCAAGGAUGUCACGCCAGACGUCAACGCGGUGCUCGCACACAUGAAGGAGUUCUCCGGACAGGUCAUCAGUGGACAGUGGAAAGGGUACACAGGCAAGCCGAUCACAGAUGUGAUCAACAUCGGUAUCGGCGGGUCCGACCUGGGGCCGCUGAUGGUAACCGAAGCUCUGAAACCCUACGCCAACCAGCUGAAGGUCCACUUUGUCUCCAACAUCGACGGCACCCAUUUGGCGGAGGUGCUGAAGCGCCUGAACCCUGAGACGGCGCUGUUCAUCAUCGCCUCCAAGACCUUCACCACGCAGGAGACCAUCACCAACGCCACGUCAGCCAAGACCUGGUUCCUUGAGGCUGCUAAGGAUCCAUCAGCCGUAGCGAAGCAUUUCGUGGCACUAUCCACUAACGCGGAGAAGGUGACAGCGUUCGGGAUAGAUCCCAACAACAUGUUCGGAUUCUGGGACUGGGUGGGGGGCAGGUACUCUCUGUGGUCGGCUAUCGGUCUGUCUAUCUCCCUGUACAUCGGCUACGACAACUUCGAGAAACUUCUAGAAGGAGCCAGCUUCAUGGAUCAGCACUUCACCACUGCGCCGUUGGAGAAAAAUGCGCCAGUGAUCCUAGCGUUGCUGGGAGUCUGGUACUCCAACUUCUACGGCGCGGAGACACAUGCACUCUUGCCCUACGACCAGUAUCUACAUAGAUUCGCCGCCUAUUUCCAACAAGGCGACAUGGAGAGUAACGGUAAGUAUGUGACCCGGUCAGGGGCCCAGGUUGACUACAGCACGGGCCCCAUCGUGUGGGGGGAGCCCGGGACUAACGGGCAACACGCCUUCUACCAACUCAUACACCAGGGUACCAGAUUGAUCCCGUGCGACUUCAUUGCGCCGGCGCAGACCCACAACCCGAUCUCGAACGGCGUGCACCAUAAGAUCCUGCUCGCCAACUUCCUCGCACAAACUGAGGCUCUCAUGAAGGGGAAGACUGCUGAUGAGGCUAAAGCCGAGUUAGAGAAGUCCGGCAUGGCAGCGGACGCGGUGGCUAAGAUCCUCCCGCACAAAGUGUUCAAGGGCAACCGUCCCACCAACUCCAUAGUCGUCAAGAAAGUCACGCCGUUCACGCUCGGAGCUCUCAUUGCCCUCUACGAACACAAAAUCUUCACUCAGGGCGUAAUUUGGGACAUCAAUUCCUUUGACCAAUGGGGCGUGGAGCUUGGCAAGCAACUAGCUAAGGCGAUAGAACCAGAGUUACAGGACAAUAGCCCCGUAUCAAGCCACGAUGCGUCCACUAAUGGACUCAUUAAUUUCUUAAAAGCUAACUUUUAAAUUAUAAUUUCUCUUACUGAAGCCGUUUUCUAAUCGUUCUUGAAAUUUAUGUAUGUAGGUUGUUAUGAGAGUUGCAUUUGGGAGAGGUUUAUACUUUAUAGUCAUUGUUGUUCGUAAAUCGUCAGUAAAAUAUAUCUAUAAUGAAUUAUUGUGUACCAUCUUUCUUUGUGAACCCUCACACCGCAAAAAAAUGAAAAGGUUUCCGAGAUAAUAUUGAGAUAAAAGCCUGUGUUGCUCCCUGAAAUGAGACUUAAGAAGAUUUCAAUUAACUACGGUGUCGUAGUUUUGAAGCCUAUUCAAUAUAAACAAACGCAAUUUUAAUAUUACAACUUAAGACGGGAUAUUUACCAUGUUAAUUUAUGUCUAUGAGCUUUCGAUAUUUCAACACUGUUGCAAGCGCCAUGAUCACGGAUGAAUUGGAGGAUGGGAAGGUGGAUGUUUAAGAGCAGACAAUAUCCCGGCUUAAGUUCUAAUAAUUAAACAAGACCAUCAACCAAAUCUACUCUCAGAAACUACGUUCAAAUAAAUAUUAUGACAAUACUCGUUAAAUUAUGGUAAAGAUUUUAUAUGAAAACAAAAAGGAACUUAAAAAAAUCUUUAUUAUUCAUAAUUAUUGUUGAUUUUUUCCAAUUCUAUGAUUAUAAAUUAAGUUAUUAAAUUAUUUUUAGAUGAAAAUGAUAAUUAUUUGAAUUAAAAAAUGGCGCCUUAAUAAUUAUUUUUGACGUUUAACUUUUUAAAUUAUUUUUUUUAGAAGAACGUUUAACAAACGGCAUUUUAUGCUAAGAACACAUUUAUACCUAUUAUGUAUUUAGAAAGAUAUUUUCAAUCAACAUUUUUUUUUCUCAUUUUUGUUAAUUUUAUGAAUGUGUAAUCGUUGUUUUUAUUUAUGUAUGAAAAUGAGCUAUUUCUUUGCUUUGGAAUUUUAAGGAACAAGUAGAUUAAAAAAUGGUGAAGGAUACUGAAUGAAGUUUGUAAGCUUUUGUGCAGCACAUGAAAUAGGAAAUUUUAAGGAAAAAAUUAAAGCACAUGUUUUACUUGUAUUUUGAACUUAAUUGCAAUACUAAUAUGGUAGAAAUUAUAAGUCAGUACUUACAAAUGAAUCUGAAAUAAAUAAUGUAACAAAAUUUCGUAUUUAGGCAUAUUUUAAACUAAAAUCGGAACUGUUUUGAUUUAUUAUGUUUCUAGUAAAUAACGACCAAUUUCAAAAUGUUAUUAGAUAUGUUAGAAAAUGCUCAUAAAUCCUUAUUUGUGCUUUUAUACUAAGUGUAUGCGUUUUAUUGUGUAAUAUUUAAAUGAAAUGUUACUCCUAGAGGUAUUUAUAUUAUGUAUUGAAUAUUAUAAUCAAUGUUAUAUACGUGUUAUAGUAAUAAAAUACUGUUAUGCACGA